GAAACAUAGGUUGUGGAGGUACACGCGUCCGUGUUUCGUCACGUACCUCUUUUGUGCGGCCAUCAUAUAUAAUAUUUUAAUAACAAUAAAAUAUUAUAUAUCGCGCGCAGAGUGCAGUGGUUAAGAACGUUCUCACACGGGCCCAUUGAAAAUCGUCACGUGCGUGUAUCGCAUUAUAUAUUAUGUUGUAACGAAUAGGAGUUCAAAAACCUUUUGUCGUCCGUCGCCGGCACCACUACAACAGAGGUCGCGACAAGUCGCACGCGGGAGCUCCGCCGACUAGUUUUUCGUUCGUCUUCCGUCCGCGGCGGGUAUACCUAUAGCUGGUUAUAAUACGUGCCCGAAGACCCGGUCCAUUCGUAAUCUGCUCGCCUUUUACCAACGAUGCUUCUGCACGCUCCGACUGCUACCGCUGCUGCGCUUAUUCUAUUUACGGGCUUAGCGCUCGGACAGCAACAGAACAACCGUGAAUUCCAAUGUCCCGAGAAACCAGGGUUCUACGCCGAUCAGAUACAAUGUGAUCUGUAUUACCACUGCUCUGUGGACGGCGAACUAACUGAAAAACUCUGCCCCGACGGACUGCUGUUUGACGACACCAGCCCGACUCAUGAAAAAUGCGAUACAUCUGUAAACGUAGACUGCGGUCAGAGGACCGUUCAGCAGGAACCAAAACCGUCUAAGGGCUGCCCUCGGGCCAACGGUUACUACAGGCAUUGGGACGAGGGUUCCUGCGACAAAUUCGUUAAUUGCGUGGACGGCGUGGCCAACGAGAUGCCGUGUCCGCCUGGUCUGAUAUACGACGAUUCAACUAGUUCUUGUGCCUGGUCAACGGACAGCAAGCGGCAAUGCACGACGACCAAAAAAGAGGUCCUCACAGAUGGUUUUUCAUGCCCUGACGGUGACGUGGUUGGUCCCAACGGCAGAAUCUUACCUCAUCCGACAUUUGCGCACCCCGAUGACUGUCAGAAGUUCUACAUCUGCAGGAACGGUGUCAUCCCGCAAUAUGGUAGCUGCUCCGCGGGUUCCGUGUACAACGACGUGUCGUUCAAGUGUGACGAACCGGAAAACGUACCCGGAUGUGAAAAUUAUUACGAAAACGAAGACGAGAAGAAGAGCGGAAAAAACUAAAAUCUCAUUUAUAUUAUCUAUUAGUGUAAUUAUUUUAUAUUUAAAUGUAAAAUAAAUAUGUUUGUUGUUUUAAAAAACAAUCACAAUGUACAUUAUACUGAAUAAUAAUAGUAGUUAAUUGCAUCCUAAAAUGUA